CACAAAAGUCAGGCGUAGAGCAGCAGAGGCAGAAAUACAUCAUUCAACGCAUCGGUACUCUGAUGUAGAAGUAGACCUACGCUGAUCCUGUUUUUGUUUCACACGAUGCCGACUAGACUGCUCCUACUUCUGUUUCUGGUAGGACACGUAUUUUCCAAAGAACCACCAGAUGUGGACUGUUGGGUGAUUCAUCUGAAACAUAUCAACUGUUCCUGGAAUAAACAAGGGACCCCAGACGUCAAUUACACCUUCUACAGUUGGUUCCAGAGUGACGGAAAGAACUGCACCACCUAUGUGUCCGAGAACAGUAAGAACACUGGAUGUAUCCAACCCUAUGACGAGCUGAUAACCAGAAGGUUCCACACGUUUCAAACCAGACUGUCACACGGCAACACGACUUUCGAGAAGACGCAUCAACUGAAACAAAAAGUGCUGUUAGAUGCACCAAUCAACCUGACUGUCAAGAAUGGCUCGGACUAUAACCUGUGGUUUUACUGGAACCAGACUGCUGUGCAUUGUGUGGAGAGUGAAGUUCGCUUCAGGGUCAACGACAAGAAUUGGGAGACUUCUCUGGUCAGUAUUGGGACUCAGAAAUACUGCAUCAAUCUGCCUUCCAGCAGUUCCAGGUAUGAACUGCAAGUGAAGAGCAGAGUGGGGAAAAACUGCGGAGAGUCAUUUAACUGGAGUAGCUGGAGUGAGCCUGCAGUCUGGGGAUCCAACAACAUCACAGACACCAAUGUGUCUGUGUCUGCGUGGACUCCACUGCUUUAUGUGGUCGCUGCUGUUAUUCUCAUCCUGUUCAUCAUGAUGUUCCUGCCCAAUGAAAGGCUCCGAAUCAUCCCAAUCCCUGUAAUUCCAAAGCCAUCCCUGCUCCUUUACGACAUUGAGGAUUGGCGUCAAUUCUCCAAAGGCAUGAAGGGGAAUUUGAGCUACAACGAGCAGGCCUGUCCUGUCCAGGAGUACUGCCACGUCUCUGAGUCCGACAGCGACAGCUCUGAUGGCUCCACCUGCUCCGUCACCACCGACCAAACAGAUUGCUCCGUCUCCAUCGCUGUGACCAAUGCAGACGACCUUUCCACCGCCGCAGGUCUUCUCUCCUCUCAGGAGGAGGAGCAGGUCUCUGAGUAGGAGGCCUCUCAGUCAGGGUUUGUCGCGACUUUUCGAUCAGGAAAAAGAAUACAUGAUGUAUGCUCUUUAAAUUCUCCUUGUCAGAUGAUAUCAUAUUAUAUUGAGAUGCUUAAAGGCAAACAAUUGAAUCAAAAUUAUUAGUGUUUACGGAUGCUAACCACAAGAGGCAAAAACCCAGCUGCACUAUUUUUGAAUGUAACUUUGCUAGGAGAGGCAUGGUCUUAAAAAGAGGCUGCAAUAAAAGUACUAUAGAUUAAAAAUCGAUAUAAUCAAAGCAGGACUUCAUUCUUCGCAACACUUAUCGUUUAAUAACAUGGUAAAACCAAUGAACUCUAUUUUUUCUUUAUAUGCAGCUUUGACGUUAGAUAAUCUGUGGAUGUUUCAUGAUAGAUUCAGUGAAAUAUAUGUACACUUUUCAUCUUUUUAACAUUUGUAAGACAAUGGAACAAAAUGUAUACCCGGGUAUCUCUGCUGCACCCGAAAUAUGUUAUCUGCUCUAUACACUCUGUAGCCCAGUUUUAAAUAUUUUGGAUCUUAUUUUUGAUAUUAUUCCAGUGUUUUAUUGAAAGUUCAUUUCAGUCUAUGAGAGAAUGUUCAAGAUACAUUUCUGUUUGUUUUGUAACAUAUAGUUUUAGUUUCAUGCAGUUGGAUCAUGACAAAAUAUAUUAUCCAAAAUAUAUCUCUGACAAAAUACCUUAUAGGCAAUGUAGAUUACGUAUGUUAUUUACUGUGAACAAUAAUCAGAUAAAUUAUAGAAAAUAGAUGCUAUAAACACAAAAAAAACACCAUUCUCUGUUAACUCACUUAUUACAUAUUACUUAACCCUAAUAAGGCACCUGAUACAUUUUUUUGGAGGAAACUUAUCAACUCUUUGAGAUAAUUGUUGGAAAUAAUUCACACAUAGAACUUUGAUAUUGGCAAGUCUAUCAAAUCAGUUUGGCUGCUGUCUCAAACAUUACACUUGUUUAGUCUUUUUAGUCUCAUAGAAAAAUAAUCUAUGUUGUUACUGCUUAUUAACAUUUUUGACAAAAGACUUGAUGACUUUCUGGAAAUAGGAAACACCAUUGUCAAAUAUCACCAUUAUUUCUAAAUUUAAAGGAUAAACACCGACCAGAGGAAUCUUUCACAACCAAGUUUUUCCUCACUCUUGUUGAGGGUUAAGGACAGACGAUGUCACAACUCAUUAAGCCCGAUGACACAUAUUGUGAUUUUUGAAUUUGGGCUAUACAAAUACAAUUUGAUUGAUUAUUAACUGUUGUGCCUUAAUAAGAUGUGUAAACCCCAUGAUGAAGGUGACAAAACAUCGCAAUAUCCAAAGGCUCAUGUUAAAAUCACCUUUAGAACAGCAUCCUUUUCUUAACAUAAUAUACCUUAUAUCUUUGAAUGUUACUUAUCUUAAUAUCUUUGAAUCUACUUUAUUAAAAUAGGCUGGACGUUGCUGUUGGAACCUAUUUGUAUUUUUAUUGUUCAUUUACAAUGUGACUUACCGAUGUUUGCGUAUUGUUAAGUUUUCAGGCCAAUUUGGUCUUAAUUAGUUAAGUCAGCCUAUAUAAACAGUGAAUCGUCAUGGUUGACAGCUGAGACUGAAGUCGCGAUUGGUGGAGCUAUGUUUUUAAAUCUUUGAAUGUAUUUUUUUUAUUUUCUUGGACGUCGUUGUUGGAGCCUCUUUAUGUUGUUAUUGUAUAUUUACAGUGUGACUUAGUUGUAAACUCCCACAUGAAUCUUUUUUUUUAAUUGGUUUGACGUUGUUGUUGGAGCCUCUUUGUAUUGAUAUUGUUUAUUUACUUGGCUGUAAACUCCCACUUGUAUCUUUUUGCUUCAACUGGUUUGACGAUGUUGUUGGAGCCCCUUUGUAUUGUUAUUGUUUAUUUACUUAGCUGUAAACUCCCACUUGUAUCUGUUGUUCUUUCUAAAUAAAUAUGACGUGAUAACAA